UGUCUCUAACAGGAAGUGACGUAACUGGGUCAAAGUCCGCACGCGUUGCUGUCAGCAGGAGCGGCAACAUCGUCAUGGCGCUGCGCGUCCUGGUCGGAGUGAAGAGAGUCAUUGACUACGCCGUCAAGAUCCGCGUGAAGCCCGACAAGACCGGCGUGGUGACAGAUGGCGUGAAGCACUCCAUGAACCCAUUCUGCGAGAUCGCCAUGGAGGAGGCCGUCCGCCUCAAGGAGAAGAAAUUGGCCAAGGAGAUCGUGGCCGUGAGCUGUGGUCCCCAGCAGUGCCAGGAGACGAUUCGCACGGCGUUGGCCAUGGGCGCCGACCGGGGCAUCCACGUGAACGUGUCGGGCAAAGAGUACGAGGCCAUGGGGCCCCUGCAGGUCUCCAAGAUCCUGGCGGCGCUCGCCAAAAAGGAGGACGUCAAUCUCGUGAUCCUCGGUAAACAGGCUAUUGACGACGACUGUAAUGAGACAGGUCAGAUGACAGCAGCUCUGUUGGACUGGCCUCAGGGCACGUUUGCGUCUGAAGUCCACCUGGAGGGUGACAAGGUGAAGGUAGUACGCGAGAUUGACGGUGGGCUGGAGACGAUCGUGAUCAACAUGCCGGCGGUGAUCACAGCGGACCUGAGGCUCAACGAACCGCGCUACGCCACCCUGCCCAACAUCAUGAAAGCAAAAAAGAAGAAGAUUGACAUGGUCACCCCGAAGGAUCUAGGUGUGGACGUGGCAUCGCAGUUGGAAAUUUUGUCCGUGGAGGACCCACCCCAGCGGCAGGCCGGCAUCAAAGUGGAGACCACCGAGCAGCUGGUGGCAAAGCUGCGUGAAAUCGGACGGAUAUGAGCGACGACGACGCCAUGAAAUGUUGAACGUUGUCCUCUGCUCGACAGAAGCGAUGGCGAGUGGUUACCAACAACACGGACUGAGGACCCGAUUCCCACAGCAGCUAUUUGGGGCUACUGGGCCUAAAACGUGCCUUGGCUCCAGCAGACACUAACAAACCACCCACAGUGCUGUUAGUCACUUUGGUUUUUUUGUGGUCCGAUGCCAUUAUUUGUAAUCAGAUGUUGUCGUUUAGACAAAUAAAGUUGACGCGAUAAUAUACCCAG